AUGGGCUCCUGCUUUUCGAGGAGUGCUCGUUCGCCGGAACACUCAACGAUUCACGAUACGAUGGGUUUCUCAAGCAUCCAACAACCGACGGCGCUUCACGUAGUGAACAAUGGAGGUCUCAACACUUCGUACAAUCCACAACCAGACGAUAUGCGUAGACACAUUGCUCCGGAUAAUUCACAUGGCAAAGAGUCGUUGGUCGCUUUAUAUGCCUACGAUUCUCGAGCUGAUGGUGAUUUGUCGUUCAAGAAAGGCGAUAUCAUGUAUUUGUUGGAUCAAAGUAACGUCGAUUGGUGGUACGUGCAACACGCUCGAACGGGUCAAACUGGCUAUGUGCCGAGGAAUUUUGUCGCCAAACAACAGACGAUCGAGAGUGAAGAAUGGUAUGCUGGGAAGAUUCCGAGAAAUCGCGCUGAACGACUUGUGCUUUCGCAAAAUCUACCCAAAGGUACUUUCUUAAUUCGUGAACGUGAAGCUGAGACAAGGGAAUAUGCAUUGACCAUUCGUGAUUCUGAUGACAGUCGAGGCGUUGGCACGGUGAAGCACUACAAAAUCAGACGGUUAGAUGAUGGGAACGGUUUCUACAUCACUCAUCGACGCACUUUCCGCACUCUGCAGGAAUUAGUUGGAUAUUACUCGGAAAUGGCUGAUGGCUUGUGUUGUACAUUGACUUUCCCGGCUCCUCGAAUCCAGCCAACUCGACCCGAUCUCUCGCACGACACACAACAAAAUUGGGAAAUCCCGCGAAAUCAACUGCAGCUCAAGACGAAACUCGGCGAUGGAAACUUUGGAGAGGUAUGGUACGGGAAAUGGCGUGGCAUUGUUGAGGUGGCGAUCAAGACGAUGAAGCCGGGGACGAUGAGCCCUGAUGCUUUUCUUCAAGAGGCGUCUAUUAUGAAACAAUGCGAUCACCCGAAUCUUGUCAAGUUGUAUGCGGUGUGCACCCGAGAGGAACCUUUUUAUAUCAUCACUGAGUUCAUGAAGAAUGGCUCCUUGCUCCAUUACCUUCGGGAUGUCGAUGGGCGACAACUUGGCAUUGCGGCUCUUGUUGAUAUGGCAGCGCAGAUUGCGAAUGGAAUGAUGUACUUGGAAGAGAGAAAGCUUGUGCAUCGUGAUCUUGCUGCUCGAAAUGUGCUCGUUGGAGAGAAGAUUUCUGGCGUCCCCGUUGUGAAGGUGGCUGAUUUUGGUUUGGCAAGAAAGCUGAUGGAAGAAGACAUCUAUGAGGCGAGGACGGGCGCAAAAUUCCCAAUCAAAUGGACGGCUCCUGAGGCGGCCACAUGCGGUAACUUUACGGUGAAAAGCGAUGUUUGGUCAUAUGGUAUUCUGAUCUAUGAGAUCAUAACGCGAGGACAAGUUCCAUACCCUGGUAUGCACAAUCGAGAAGUGGUGGAACAAGUCGAGCUCGGCUAUCGGAUGCCUUUACCACGUGGUUGCCCGGAGAAUAUCUACACUGAGGUGAUGCUGAAAUGUUGGGAGAAAAACCCCGAGAAGCGACCAACCUUCGAGUAUCUCCAUCAUUACUUCGAGGACUACUUUGUCUCAUCCCAACCCAACUACGUGCCACCAAGUGUC